AUGGAAGGUUUUUGUUCGCUUCCUGCCGAGAUUCAAAUUGAAAUAUUUUCCUUUCUCUCACUCAAGCACUUGGCAACUAUUCUCUCACUCAAUAAAUCAAUUCAUCACUUGGCUGAUUCUAAUACUUCAUUUUGGCAUGUAGUUUUAAGAAAUUAUUCAAAAUUGAUUCAUCCAAAAUCCAACACUUUGGAACAACAGAUCAAUCAAGCACUUUCCGAUGUUGAUCAAAAUGUUUCAUCAUUAAAUAUUGAAAAGUAUUCGACACUCUUACAAGAAAUGAUCAAAACAAAGAAAAGAAAUGUGGAAGCUCUCACAUGUGAAAUAGAGGCAAUAACCAUGAAAAUGAAGCUUUUUGGUGAAAAGAUGAAACAAGUUGAGAUGGAAUUUACACAAUUGUCCAUGCAUGCAGGUCAGAAUGAGCUUUUUGAAGUGAGAAUUGAACUUAUGAAGGGAAUGAUGCAAAAAAUCAAUGGUGAAUAUCAAAGAAUUGAGCAACAAGCUCAAGAAUUGGAAAUAGCUUUAGAAAGAUUGAAUAUUGAUUGA